AAUUUGCUGCUCGCUGCUCAUGCGUUGCCAGUGUCGCGCGGGACGUUGACGUGCCUCGUGUCCUCAUUAUUUUUUGUUUCGCCGUUCUGGACGUCUAUAUUUCCGUACUGUCAAGACUAAAAGUGAACCACGUGUUAUUUUUUAUUAUAAAAUAACUCAAAAUAAUUCAUUCUUUUUCACGAUCAAGCCGGAAGUUAACUGUGAAAAAGCAUUAUGUCGUUGGUGUACAGGAAUUCGAUGAAGGCCAUUGGAAAGUUCGUGCCUCAAAAACUGCAGCCUCUGUGGAAUCAUCCAGCAGGUCCGCAGACGAUAUUUUUCUGGGCACCUGCUUUCAAAUGGGGGCUAGUGAUCGCUGGAUUGGGCGAUCUCCAGAGACCGGCUAGCAAAAUAUCCAUCAGUCAAUCAGGAGCUCUUGGAUUAACAGGAGUUAUUUGGACACGAUACUCUCUAGCUAUCACUCCCAAAAACUGGAGUCUUUUCAGCGUUAACCUAUUCGUGGCAUUCACGGCAUUGUACCAAGUCGCCAGAGCUAUCAAAUAUCAAAGAGAAGUGCAAGCUCAAGAAGCCGCAGCUGGAACGACAACGUUGAAGGAUCACUGACGACCGGACGACAGCUCAAACAUUCCUAGAUAGCUAAUACCAAUACGAGGAAAAAUAUUUAUCUAAACGAUAAAAUGGAGGAUAUGAGAAACUACUCGAUUCCUAAUUUUAAACAAAAACGAAUUGUUGAGAGAUCAUCUCCAAUAACUCUGGAUCACUGAUCGCUGUUGAACUCUCUUGUGGAGACUUUUUUUCAAAUCCGACAAAACAGUCCUAUUCGCUGUUCAUUUUCAUACUUUUUCCAAUUAUGAAAAUCGAGCAUUUGAUUGAAAAUACAAAAGUUCCUUGGUAAAAGACUCCGCGAGCAUGAUUGACUCUCAAAGUACACGCAGGGUCGGGAAUACCCGAGAAAAACUGAGCCAACAAAUGAAAAAUUGCGAAAAUUUAUUGUUUUUUUUUGGAACGUGUCGUAAUUAACAUUCUUCAAUAAAUUAUUUGCGGGCUGAAUGAACGCAAGAACAGAACUAAUGAGAAUGGUGCAGAAUUUUUCUCAAGUUUCUGUAUUCGUUUAUGCUCCCAUGGCUACCAUUCAAUAUUCUGGGAUAUUUUCGUCCCAAGUUCAAGGGAAGUGUGUACUCUGAGAAUAUCGAAAAUGAAUAAUUCUAAUAAAAUCGCAGAUUGGUCUGUUUUUCGGAUUUUCAAAUGUCAAAUAUUUCAUUAGAUUUGAAUGAUAAUAUUUUUCAUCCUAUUGCAGUCGUCCACUAGGGAAAACGAAAGAUAGCACAAAACAAUGUUGUUAAAUGAUGUUCACGACGAGAGAGACGCUGGUUCGUUUCUCGAGUCACAAUUUUUCUUGUCACGAAUAUCACGAUCCAAGUUGAACAAACCUUUUGCCGGUCUUUCGGUUAUUCUCAGGUUUGAUGGGAGUUGCACAUUGUACAAUCAAAUAUUUUUGUAGUUUAUUUCAAAUUCGUGUAUUCGAUUAUACGAGAACGGGUUUUAGGUUAUUUAUCAGUAACGAUCUGAUUAAUUUAUAAUGAAGUAGCGCCAUGGACGGCAAAAAGAUUUUCAGUUCUAGUGGGGACUGAGAAUCGACCCAAAAAUCGAAAAUCCAGUUCAGAUAAUCUCAUUUUAAACGUUAAUCAAGUAUUUCUCAAAUUCUUAUUUUUAGUUGUCGAUUUUUAUUUCUUUAAUGAAAUUUGAGCUUCGACUGUUUCAAGAUUUCCUCCGCAAUCAAAGAAUUUUGUGAAAAAAGACACCAUUUUCUAAUACAAAAUUGAUAAUAGAAGCGGAAAGUCAAGCUCACACUAGUAAUGAAAGAUCGAAAGAAAAAUUAUUUUGGUAUUCAUUUUCCAACAAUGUUCGAACUUGUAAAAUCGGGAUCGAUCGUCAAAUUUUUUUUUUCAUUCUUUCGAAUGAAUUUUUCAUUUCUCGUUGAUGAGUUUACAGUCGUAUCGAUCAAUAAACGACCUUUGGGUUCAAGCCGUUCGAUGAGAGACGAGCGAUCGCGAUUUCAUGUGCCAAACUGUGAUACAGAGAGAAGCUAGUUUCAUAAGGAGAAAAAUCGUCACCGCGGUGCGCUCAAAUAAGGGCCCAUGAAAAUAUUUCAACUUUUCUUGUCAUUUGGUCGAAAAAUUUCACAAACGAUACUUCUUCGUUGUAAAAAUACGAAAUUAGAAAAUAGAGGAGCUCAAACAAAAUGUAUCAUUAAGAGCGAACCAAAUAAUUGUAUCUCCUGGUCCUCUGGACAGAAACUUCUACCUCUAAGCCAAAAUGUUCAACAGACACACACACACACACAGGUUCAGCCCUGGACGCCGAACAUGGGUCUCGACGUUUCCGUAUCAUCCCAUUAAAUUGAAAGUCCCGAAGAAAUGUCAUCCCGAAGUAAAAAAUUCAAAAAUGAUUCUCGAAUUUUUUCUCGCCAAGUGCAACGAUCGGAACGGCUGAUCCACGUUCGAGCUUCGACGGUUGAUUCGUGUCACCAAAGUAGAUUAUAUACACCGAAAAAUAACUGAGUCAUGCCUACAGUUAAGGUAGAUCCUGAAAUUACGACGAGAAAAGUCCUUAGCGAUUUUUUUCUGUGAUGCAUUGUUCAUGAGAUAAUUCAAUAAUUACGAUGAAUGGGUAGUGAAAAGAACUCGCAGAGGGAUAACCACGCCUCUGGUCUGACUGCACGCAUAGUAGGUCGAAAACGCUGUCGCGCUACGCUCGCCACGCCCCCUUUCCUCAUCGUGACACCGCAAGUGGCUCACCGUGCACCCCAGGAAAAAAUCGUCGAAAAACUUUUCUCUUGAUAAUUUCGUGAUUUAACUGAUUGCAGCGUGUGCACCACUUUCGAAUCAACCUAUUUUUAUCGUUACACCGCGUGUACUUUGAAAUUCUCGAAAACGAGAAAAGAGCUCAAAGCGUUGUUACCUUAUAUAAUUAUUGAAAUUCUGUACUCAGUCGUACGUUGUAAUCUUGUUGAUGCGAAACAACGCGAAAUAAAGGUGCGAACAUUUUUCAUUUA